CACUACAUUUACUACCAUAGAUACUCCCUUCUUCUCCUAACCUAACCAGCGAAAACCGAAGUACUCUUAUUUCCAAUCUCUAACCUGAAUUUAAUUUCCUAUGGCGGUGGCCGGGGAAUCCAGUGGCGGAGGCGUCAUGGCGAUGACAAUGAUAGACGAGACCUAUGAGUUUUCAGCACCAAGAUUCUACGAUUUCAGCAAGGGUGAAUCAGAGGAAGAUAUUCGUAAAGCCGAACUUUGGUUCGACACUGCUCUCAGCUACGCCCCUUCUCCUUUUAUGCCUAGAAUUAAGACUGGAAGAUCAUUUAAGGUGGACAGCUUAUGUGAUUUUAGUGAAGCAGACCAAAUGCCAAAGGCCACAGAAUCCUCAGAUUCGGCAUCUGCUAGUUCUUCCUCGGAUAUUAAAUCACAAGAGGUCAUGCCACCUACUGAAACUAGGGAAGAAGAAAGCACACUUCAUGAGGCAAACAAAGAAAACAUCGCAAACAUUGUUGUCAAUGGUUCUUGUCAACAUGAUAAGGAGGAGACCAUAUGCACUGAAGAAACCAAAAGAUGCUCUAGUUCUAUCCAAAAUGAACCUACCGGUUGUAAAGAGAACAGUAAUACUGAAACUUGCUGCACCCCUAAGCCACCAGCGUGUUCUCAGAAGGAAGGCCGACUGACCAAUUCCAAGAAGCACCAAUCAGCUAAACACAUAGCUAGUUUGGUUAGGAAUCCAUCAUCACUGAAGUUGAAGAGUCAACCUCAGUCCUCACAACUUAAAGGCUCCAGACCGGAAAGUGUCAGAAGAGAUCCAACUGCAAAAAAUGCAGCUGGGACUCCCAAUUUAGCUCAAGAGAACCAGGCCAUUAAACGGCAGAAGCUAGAAGGAGGAAGAUCCAGACAGAUUCUUAAUGUUAAACCCCCACAACCAUUGCAUCACAAGUCAAAACUGGGUGUCAGAAGUGGCAAUUCCAUUUCAUCUGUUGCUAAUAAAAUGCAGAAAGAAGACAGAAAGGUUUACAUUCGGGAACCAUCUGCACCAAGGACAUUCGUUUCAAUGGCAGAGAUGAUGAAAAAGUUCCAAUCAAGUACUAGAGACUUGUCAUUGCCAUAUAUUAAAAGUUCUCUCUCACAUGGUGAUGCUGCCUCUCUUAUCCAGAGAAAACCUCAACUCUCAUUGACAAGGCCUAAGGAGCCUGAACUUGAAACAGCUCAACGUGUUCGCUCAGUCAAAAUAAAAAGUACUGCCGAGCUUGAAGAAGAGAUGAUGGCCAAAAUCCCAAAGUUCAAAGCUAGACCACUAAACAAGAAGAUUUUAGAAGCUCCAACACUACCUGCAUUACCAAGAAGUACGCCACAACCACCUGAAUUUCAGGAAUUUCAUCUUGAAACAACUGCAAGGGCCACUCAGAAUCCAGAGUCAGCUUCAGUGGCCUCAACAGAGGUGUCCCAUCAGAAUAAUCACUGGAAGCCUCAUCUUACUGAACCUAAAACUCCUCUUCUUCACACUACUUUGAGAGCCCGACCUCCAAAGGUGAAAAGUUCUCUUGAGCUUGAAAAAGAGGAACUUGAAAAGAUCCCUAAAUUUAAGGCCAGGCCUUUGAAUAAGAAGAUAUUUGAAAGUAAAGGAGAGCUGGGAAUUUUUUGCAAUGCAAAGAAACAAGUAACCAUACCUCAGGAAUUUCACUUUGCCACAAAUGAGAGGAUUCCACCACCUGCUGUUGUUGCUGAUAUGUUUGACAAGCUUUCAUUAAACUCGGAACCUCACAUUGCCAAUCCAGUUCCAAGAAACACACUACCAAAUCCAUUCCAUCUCCACACUGAGGAAAGGGGGGCUGAAAAGGAUAGGAAAUUUAUACUGGACCUUAUGCAGAAGCAGCUGGAGGAGGAAAGGGCCAGGAUUCCAAAGGCUAAUCCAUAUCCUUACACUACCGACUACCCCGUGGUUCCUCCUAAACCAGAGCCAAAACUAUGCACAAAACCAGAACCUUUCCAGUUGGAGAGUCUAGUGAGACACGAGGAGGAAAUGCAAAGGGAAAUGGAAGAAAGACAGAGGCUUGAGAAAGAAGAGGCCAAUAUGAGGAUAUUCAAAGCACAGCCAGUCAUAAAAGAGGACCCAAUUCCACUACCAGAGAAAGUGCGGAAACCCCUUACACAAGUUGAACAAUUUAGUCUCCGUACAGAUAACAGAGCUGUGGAUAGGGCAGAAUUUGAUCAGAAGGUGAAGGAGAAAGAACAAUUAUACAAGAGAUACAGGGAGGAAAGUGAAGCUGCAAGAAUGAUAGAGGAAGAGAAGGCACUAAAACAAUUAAGGAGAACAAUGGUUCCUCAUGCAAGGCCUGUGCCAAGCUUUGACCAUCCAUUCUGCCCCAAGAAAUCUUCCAGGGAAACCACAAAAGCAAAGUCACCAAAUUUGCGGGUGUUUCGAAGAAAAGAAAGGCAGAGGAUGAUGAUAAAUAAUGCAGUUUCCAGCCCCGCUUCAUGUAUGAGGUGAUCCUGCUGUUGAUGGACAGGCUGCUGUUCAAGAACUCUUGAACCUUCUUCAAGAACUGUUGUGCUGCUACAACAGUCUGUCUCAUGUACACAAUCAGAUUUUGUUGUAAUUGAUUCAAAGUGGAAAGCAAUUUACUGAUAUGCAAAAAUUGCAGCGAAUGUUAUUGGAAUAUAAAAGUUGUAGGCUCAACUUUCUGUUCAUUAAUGAAGAAAAUUCUUGUCAAUUUAUUCCUCAAA